AUGGCCGCUUUGUUUGUGGACUUUGUUGUCCUCAAAAAACAAGGUGCACAUGAAGUGACAACCCAAGAAGCUUUGCACUGGACCCUCGUUUGGAUCGGAUUAAGUUUUGCUUUUAAUGGCUUAUUUUGGUUCGCCACUUGGGAUACCACAGGUUCAAUCGCGAUAGCCCAUCAAAAAUCACUCGAAUUUUUCACGGGAUAUUUAAUCGAAAAAUCUCUGGCUGUCGAUAAUAUUUUUGUUUUUCUAAUGAUUUUUACCUACUUUUCAGUGCCUGCUGCCUAUCAAAAGCGGGUGUUGAUGAUUGGUAUUGUCGGAGCGUUAGUGUUACGUACCGUGAUGAUUUUAAUCGGGGCGUGGCUACUGAAAGAAUUUCACUGGAUUUUGUAUGUAUUUGGUGGCUUUUUAGUCAUCACAGGGAUCAAAAUGUGGUUGGUUGCUGGUAAAGAGCCAGAUUUAAACGAUAACCCCAUUCUAAAAGCCUUACGCAAGAUUAUCCCAGUGAGCAAACAUUAUGACGGCGAACGGUUUUUUACCAUCGAAAACGGUAAGCGCAUGGCGACCCCUUUAUUUUUGGUAAUUUUGAUGGUUGCUCUGACUGAUAUCGUUUUUGCGGUGGAUUCUAUCCCCGCUAUUUUUGCAAUCACCGAUGAUGCGUUUAUUGUUUUAGCUAGCAAUGUAUUUGCCAUUCUGGGACUGCGGGCUAUGUAUUUCUUGUUGGCGGGCGUGGCGAAUAAAUUUCACUUGCUUAAUUAUGGAUUAGCGUUAAUUUUAGUCUUUAUUGGUGGCAAAAUGUUGUUGAUUGAUUACAUUAAGAUACCGAUUUGGUUGUCACUCGUUGUGGUCGUUGGAAUCCUGAGUGUGACG